AUGGAAUUCACCUAUGACAAGGAGCAACUUCAAACACAAACCAACAAACAACUGGAAAAUGGAAUUCAUUUUGACCGGUCUCGAUUUCCAUCGGUCUCCGACACAGACUUUGGCGACGAGGAGGAAGACGAAAACGGAUCCGUUGCGAGGAGGGGAAAGACGAAAUGCCUUUCUUCCAAGGAGGAGUAUAGGGCACAUGAUGUCGACACGUACAUGGAGUGCUACGAGGAGGCCAGCGAGACGAAGGAGGAGCUCAAGCUCGAGAUCGAGGACCUCAAGGCCAAGGUCAAUUUCCUCCGGCUACUCUCUGCUGGAUCUGGUGGAACCAUCACCAUUCUAGGUCUAAUACAUUGA